AUGGUGAAGUUCUAUGAUCCGAGUCAGCCGGAACAGUACUUGAGCAGCCCUAAGCUCUUCGGUGUCCUGCCAAUCAAGCUUAUUGUGAUCAGCAUGCAAAUUCUUUACAUGCUUCUGCAGAUCGUCUGGCUCACUGCGAGUGGUGUCACAAGCAAAGUUUCCAUCCUCCUGGUGAUUGCUUCAGUAAUCCUUACUGCUUUCACUGUAGCUGUGUUCGUUGUGGAAAACAAAUCCCUCAUGCAAGCCCACAUUUGGGUGGCUUCGUUGUUCCUCUUCUUUCCGCUGGCCGUGUUCGUGCUCAUGAUUGCUCAAUUCUUUUUCGAUAUCAAGUUUCUGGCCACAUUCUUCGGAGAAGGCAUCUACACCCAUCCUAUCACAUCUCUCACGGUUGCUGCCGUGUUUUUGUGCGCAUAUAUAGCCUACCUCUUCCUCUGCCACAAACUGGUCGAAGCAAAAGAUCAGCAGCCGGACGACUUCCCAGAAUUGGACACAACCCAAGGUCUUUUCCACUACAAUCGCGACGCUUACGAUGGCUCGGAACGCGUCAACCUCAUAUAUCCAGAAGUCUGA